AUGGAAUCGAUGGAUCAGAGUGGACGUAAGAUGAAGCAUACCCUGACGGGAGGUCUCAAAAGAGUGGUGCCACAUGUCUGUGAAGGGAAAGUAAGUGAUGAAUCCCGUGAAAACACUAUCAUUUGGGACCGUUCAUCAACACCGAUGUAUAGCACCAGCACUGUUAUUCCACGUACUUUGCUGCAGGAUGAGUCUACAUUUACUUCGUGUCACAAUCUUCCGAAUUUUACACAAAACACCGUUUACGAAUCACAGUUGGAUUCAUUGUCUGAUGAUAUCUAUGAUCCCCGCCCCGGAGUUUCAUUGCACUUUUCACCUGGUACUAACGCCUCAAAUACGACAAUGAAGAAGAAACUGGAACUACUAAAAAAAGGAUGUGAACUACGGAAAGCAAUAAUUAAAAAAUCAAGUUUAUCUCAUGAUCACAUCAGCCUACAUGAAACGGAAGAAAAAUUCUUGAGCUCAGUUUCUGAAGCACCAAAUUCCAUCAAUGAUCAUGAAGGCAAUAAAAAUACUGACGCCUUACUUCGAUUUCCAUCGAAUGCCAGUUCCAUUUCGAAUUCCAGCAAGAACGCUACUUAUGUUGUCCAGCCGUUAGUACGCGAAGGUGAACAUGAUUUCAUUGGUCGGUGCAAGAAAAUAGAAAUGGAUAAAAAGUUAGUUCAUCUAGCAGCACUAACAUCAUGGCUGAAUUACUUGCUUGAUGAAAACAGUGAUGCCACUAAUAACAAUGAAAUUCUAGCUAAGAGCAAGAAAGAUGCUGACUUGUACUUGAGGAAACUGCUGUUUUCGAGAAACGAUAUUCCGGCGAUGAAAGAUAAUGAACCACAAAAUGACAUCAGUUACAAAUGUUUUAUGGCUGCAAAUGAACUUAGUGAAAUGCGCGCCAGAUUUCGUUUGUUAUACGAAAGUUCACCCAUCCCAAAUGAUAUUGUCACCUUCGUAAAAGAUGGUAAAAUUGCAAUUAGAAUGGACAGACGGGUUUACGCUGAUGUCGGGCUUCAAACAGAAUUGCUCAGUUUACUCCUGAGCUUCCAUCCGUUCUACCUUCGAUUGGGCCUGGAGACUAUCUUAUCCAUCAAUAUAGGAACAAGGACCGAUUUCAAAAACCAACUGAAAACCAUUGCUUCUGUAGUUACGCAAAAUGUCUUUAAGAAUCCCAGAAUCAUGAAUAAUCGGAAAUACAUGCAGGGAAGAGCAAAGAUUCUCGUAAACAACCGAGGCGCAGAAGCCCUUCUACAGCAUUUUCUGAUAAAAAUAUGCCAGUUUCUAUUCAUUGUUGAUAAGGCAUGGCGAGAUAACGCAGUGUCGAGGAAAAACCGCUGUCUUUUUCUGAAAUGGUCAGCUUAUAAGAGUAUCAGUGAUGUGGUAGCAGUGUUAAGUCGGGAAUUGAUGACUGGUACCAGCAAUUUACCGAAAACGCUUUCCCUUUUGGGUCUUUCUCUGGAUCGCAAACAAGGAUUUUUUGAACAGUUUCAGUACCACGUAACUGACUUACUAAAAGACCUUAGCAAUGGGUUGAUUCUUGGACGAACAGUCGAAAUUUUAGCUAAACUGCAGUAUAACACAGUGAUACAUUGUCUACGUGAUCCUGGUGGUGAUCGACUUCGUAAAAUGAGCAAUGUUAAAACAGUGAUUGAUUUUGCUAAGCAAAAAGGAAUUCUUCCUGAAGGUGAGAUAAAAAUUUUUAAUAGAGUAGACAUUUUUUUAUCUAUUGAAGAUAAUAUCAAUGAAUCAGAUAAUUGUGAUGCUGAGGUUCAUUCGAUAUCUCAACAACUUCUGAGCCUGUUCGGCAUAUCAUAUGAGAUACGAAAUCCUCUAGAACUUGCUAACGGAAAACUGUUUUCCUUAUUAUGGAAGCGGUAUUAUUCAUACGGUAGACCGUUCGAGCUUUUCGACGGCACAACAGUUUUGGAACAAGUUGCAAGUGCUGCUGAGCAUCAUUUUGGGAUCCCAUCGUUGAUGCUGAUGAAAUGGAAAAAUACAGCUGAAAAGAAAACACUAUGUCUUUUCACCAAAAUUUUCAUAUCACGCAUAUAUGAGUGUUAUAAGUCUACUUCUGCUGCAGUCAUAAUACAACGUGCCUUCCGACGAUAUCGUAACACCUCAAGGAUGAAUUAUGAUAUUUCUCAUAAAGUAACGCUUUUUGGAAGAGAUGUGUAUCCACUAGAUCAGUUAGCGGAAUCAUCUCAAAUAACGGGAGAAGAUUCAAAACGAAUGAAUGCUUCAAUCACAAUACAGCGAUACUGUCGUGGAUGGCUUGCACGAACGCUUGACCAAAGGAUGAAGUGCGAUAAGACUUUGCAAAAACGAGAAGCAAAAGCAGUUAUUAUCCAAAAAUUUAUUCGUGGGUGGCUUGCACGAACGUUUUAUCAGAGGUUGUUACAUGAGCAGGAUAUGAGGAAACGAGAAAAUGCAUCACUUAUUAUACAAAAGCACGUUCGAUUUUGGCUUGCACAGAAAUCCAAAAUGCAAAACAAAAGGAUUUUGCAGAAACGGGAGAAUGCAGCGCGCGUUUUACAGAGUUGCAUACGUGGUUGGUUAACACGAAUACAUUAUCGGAAUUUACUGCAUGAAAUAUCUUCACGUAGGCGCGAAAGUGCUGCAGUUACAUUGCAGAAAUUUAUUCGUGGGUGGCUUGCAAGAACUUUUUAUCAGAGGUUAUUACAUGAGCAGGAUAUGAGGAAACGAGAAAAUGCAUCACUUAUUAUACAAAAGCACGUUCGAUUUUGGCUUGCACAGAAAUCCAAAAUGCAAAACAAAAGGAUUUUGGAGAAACGGGAGAAUGCAGCGCGCGUUUUACAGAGUUGCAUACGUGGUUGGUUAACACGAAUACAUUAUCGGAAUUUGCUGCAUGAAAUAUCUUCACGUAGACGCGAAAAUGCUGCAGUUACGUUGCAGCGACAUGCACGUGGCUGGGCAGCCCGUAAAAACUAUCGUGAAAUGCGAUAUGAAGUAGCCUUACAUAAACAAGAAUACGCAGCAAUCACUUUCCAGAAUUCUAUUUCUAUCACGGAAUGCUCGAGUGAUAAAUUUAAGAACGAAAUAUAUAGAUGCGAGGUUAUCAGCAGUGCAAAAUGCCUACGGGUAUUACGUGAAUUGAGAAGACAGCACAAUCGUUUGCGGCUUAGACGUCAAAAUUUUUUGCAAGCUGUCGAGGAUAAAAUGAAGUUUGCACUCUUGCUUAAAACGGAGAGAGACCGACGCAUAAAAGCUGCCACAACAGUACAGGCAUGGUGGCGUGGGUAUCUUCUUCGCAAGCAUUAUGUGGCAUUUCUCAAUCAAAUAGGUGCGAAUCGUGUUGCUCGUCAAGAAGCAGCAUCAAAUGAAGAACGAUCUGAACGAAAGCAGCCGAUUAUAAAUCGUGUGAUGAAUGCAAUGGAGAAUUUGAACUCAGAGCGCCUUUACAUUCGUUACAAAGCCACUGAAGUGUUGCGAAAAUUUGUUGGUUUAUCAGAAUUGUGCGCUCAGUACGUUUUCAACAAUGGCGGUCUGGAAUGUAUUUUGGAUUCUUUAAACGGCUGCAAUCGCAGUGUUGGAUCAACUGAAGUAGUGAUUCCUCUUUGCUCCAUCUUAUGGAGUGUACUGAAGUUUAAAAUUAUUCGAAAUAAACUCGACGAGCGACGCCGAAAAGAUAUCAUGAAACAGUGUUAUCAUUUCAUGUUAGCAUUUCACAAAGUUCCAAAUGUGGUGACCAAUUUAAGUGCGGUUAUAGUGGCAUUAAGUGGCUACAGUGAACAGUACAAAAAAGCACCCUACUUCGUUUCGGAGUUGGCGAAAAAAUUUGCUAAAUUAUCAGAAUGUGACGAGAGAGUAACUGCACUUCGGAAGCUCCAGAAAUGUCUGCUAAAUUAG